AGUAACAGAAACUGUGACAGUCUUAUCAACAAUCAGUAGUAUGAUACAGAACAAUGAAACUGAUGGCAUAAAUGACACUGACAACAUAAUAAAGACCCAUGAAUUACCUGAUGCAACCUUAAAUUUAUGGGUUAUUUUGUUCAUAGUGGCGAUGUUUUUUACUGUAACAUGCUAUGCAUACUUGUACUGUUGGCAGAUGGAUUAUUAUCAACGACAUCGACCUCCAGUAGCACAGCAGCAACUCAUUGUAGCACUUGACAGACGUAGAGAAAAUGAAGAAAUUGAAGAAACUGCAGUUUAAUUGGUAUAAACGAAUGGAAGCUAAGAAAACUAUAUGCGAACUAUGCAAAAUUGAUUAAGGACAUGCUUGGAAUAUCUCUUAUAGUAUAUCAUUUCUUGUACAUUCUCAGAACAUACUUUUUAAGUACGCAGAAGUAGGAUCAAUCUAUAACAACGCCAUCUGAGAUGUACAUAACCUCUGUAUUGCCAGUACCUGUCUUAGUGCCAAAAAGCCGCGACAGAUAUUGGCUGUAGGCACAUUAAAAAUUACAUAAAGAAAAAAGGUACCUGUCUUUUCCGUUUUCGCAUGGCGUGCCACAGUUUCGUGUUGUCAGUGUCACGUGUUGCUGUCCGUGUAGAUUAUCCGAGGUUUGCCACUUUUGCAGUUAUAUAGCCAUAAAUAAUGAUGUCAUGUGAUAUUUUGAAUGUCUUUAAUUGUCAAUCAUUUGUGUUUGUAUUAUAAAUACAUGUACGUGUGCAUUAUAUUCUACACUUUGUAAAUAAAUAAAUAUUGAUUUAUAACAUGUAAAUAAAGAGUUACAAAUUAAUACAACCUAAAAAAAUCAAUAUAAUCUUUAUAUAUAUGAGCACACGUACCUGGCUGUAUGAUAUACUAUUUAUAUACUAUACGUAUUCUGUUCAUAUACUACAAGAUAUUACCAGUAGAUUCUAAGAACCAGAAUAGGCGGACAUAGGAACUUUCUCAGCAUGUUCUUAGCACAUCAUAGUACGUAUCUCGAAUGUUCUGAGAAUAUACACAACAUACUGUUGCGAUAUUCUCAGAACAUUCUCAGUAUCUACUUGUGCUGUUAGGGCAUCAAUACACAACAUUGCAGAACGCUGAAUUCUUGGAGUGGUAAGAUUUUAUAUUUUCAUGUGAAGAUUCUAUUUGAGUGUGCAUAUAUCGUGUUAUCGUGUGUAUAAUGAAUGGACAAAUUGAUUUCUUAGUGGAUUUUAUGAAUCAACAGUACGAGCCUUUGCAAUUUAUAAAAUAGUUGAAAAUAGUUAUCUUGCAUGCCCUAUGAAACGACACAUGCCAUAUGUAAAGGCUGAACUAGCUUAAUUUCAUAUUUAUGAAUUUAUUUAUGAAUUUAGAAAUGAUUAACAAAAUGUAGAAUUUGAACUUUAUUUUGACACUGGUCGCGUUCAUCAACAACAAGUAGAAUUUUUUACAGUUUUGCACUUUAAUCUUCAAUGAUGUGACGAUCGUAUCGUAAUGCAAGAGAAAUAUUAAUUUUGCAUAAAGUAUUGUUUUAAUUGACGCAGAGUUUUAUAUUAUUUGUUUUAUAAGAACUUAUCUAAUAUAAUUCGCAGUGCAUAUACUUAUUAGCAUUUCUGAAAAGGUAAUGUUUUAGAGACAUUAUAUAAAACAAAACUGUUAUAUCGACAUACGAUUCUGCUUGCUUGCUUCAUUGUUUAAAUAAGUUUUGCUUAUGUAAAAUAUUAGAUGGUAAAUCUGAAGGAGAGUCUCUUCCUCACCGAUUCCAAAUGUAGCCGCCGACAUUGUAGUUUUAGCAAUUUUCUGGUAGAGGUCUCUCUACCAAUUUCCAAAUAACAUGUGUAAUUCGCUCGUCGAUCAUUGUACAUGUUCUGUGAUAUUGCAAUUGAGCAAUAUGAUCAACAGAUCACAUUAACAGAUCAUUGAUGUUUGUUGAAUGAUGGUUGAAUAAGAAGGGUUGAAUGAUGUCUAUCCUUUGGAUCCUGUAUAUCGCUAUACUAAUAGUAUGUAUCACAAAUGGUAGUGAAUUUGAAUUCUGCGAAGCGUCCAAUGAAUAUACUGAAAAUUCGGAGAAGUGCUCUGUCCGAAAGCAUUUUAUGCGGGAACGCUAUAUUCUUUACGAUGUGAAUCGUCCGGAGGGUUUCAAUCUGAGAAGGGACGUGUACGUUCGCAUUGCCGUCUUUUUGAAAGGAUUAGUGAAAAAAGACAAGGAGUUUCAGUGGCAUUUGGUUUUACCACCUUGGGGUAAUCUAUAUCAUUGGCAGAGUAAAAAUGCAGGUUCGCAAGUACAUUUACCUUGGGCUAACUUCUUCGAUAUCGGGAGUCUACAACAAUACAUAUCAGUCAUUGAAAUGUACAAGUUUAUGGAAGUUUAUUCAUCUGGCGACAAAGAGAUAGAACUCGAUUGUGUAUAUAUUCUGCAACAUGAUCAAGAAAUGUUCAAGACAGGUAAAUUUGAAGAUAAGAAUGAGGUGGUGGACUGUGCUCGCGACUCUUUGCGGUACUACAAGUUAGAGCAACAUUCGUAUGCUGGUCCAUUCUGGGAUUACCGCAAUGUCACAGCUCGAGAUGUAAAAUGUCUGAAAUUCCAUGGUACGGCUUCUGAUCUCUACAGGAAUCUUAUGCCGACACGAUACAAAUCUGUAAUGUUCGAUCACAUGGAGAUUGCCUUGCACGACGAAUACGGUUCUAAAGAGUACUGGAGGGCCAGACGCAGCAUGCGUUAUAACUCUAAGCUGUACGAUAUCGCGAAGGAUUAUAGAAGAACUUUUCUGAAUUCCACAGACGAGGAUGAUAAUACGAAACGACCUGCGGAUUGGACUGAGGAAGUGAAUCGGCGAGAUGCGAUAGGCGGCCCGUAUCUGGCGGUUCAUUUUAGAAGACGCGAUUUUAUCAUCGGUCACAAAGCAACGGUGCCGACGAUAGAAGACGCUGCUUCUCAGUUACAAGAGAAAAUGGAUGAUCUCGGACUGAAUGUGUUAUUCGUUGCGACAGAUGCGGAACAACAUGAAUUUGAAGAACUUAAAUCGUACUUACCGCAAUAUAAGGUUCUGAAAUAUGUGCCAUCUAAAUACGUAAUAAAUAAAUUUAAGGACGGUGGUAUUGCCAUUAUUGAUCAGAUAAUUUGUUCACAUGCUAGGUAUUUUAUAGGAACACACGAAUCAACGUUCACAUUUAGAAUACAGGAAGAUAGAGAGAUUAUUGGUUUUCCAGCAAAAACUACAUUCAAUAUUUUAUGCAAGACUAAGAAGAAAUGUGCGAAAGCUAGUCAGUGGCAGAUUGUUUGGUGAAGCGAUGCGAAGUAUUAAUAACUUCAAUGUUCUUCAUACAGCAAGCAGGAGCAGAAUACCGAAAAGAGAAGCGGACUCUUUCUUGUUGGCAUUCACUGUCCUACCCGGUGGCUGUCCCCCACCUGGCGGGCGGCAAGAACUCUUCCCGUGCUGGGGAAGUAAAACUCUCGAACGUUUUCCGAUCUGCAACAGUCUCGAACUCGUCCUCGUCGUCGGCGUACUUGAACCCACAAUUGGUGCGCGCCUCAGCUCAGCCUCUUCCUCAUUUUGCCUCUUACGGGAGGAAGGAAGACACCACGUUGAAUGCAACGCCAGUAUCCAGCGCGAGAGUUGUGUCCCGUCCACGAGAUUCCGCAAGAAAAUAAGACCAAUAAGAUCCAGGAAACUGAAAUUACAUAUUUUAAAGCUAUAAUUUAGAGAUACGGAACAACGUACAAUUUCGAUCUGGCUAACAAGAUCAG